AUGAACUACGUCCCUGUUGUUAUUAUUAUUGUUAAAAAUACAAACUGUUUUUUUUACAUGACAUUCGAAAUGUUUAUUAUUGCACUUUGUUUAUUUAUUUUUAUUUCUCCUUCUUCUUCAUCAUUAAAACAAAUAGACGGAUCUUGGACAUUUUUUCCAUUGAUUCCUAAGCUUUCAUCAAAAUUCCCACAAGCUAAAUGGUUUUUUUUCUGCUUAGAAAAUACUGAUAUUAAAUUACCAGUUCUUUUAACUAUCCUGUCAAAGUUCAAAGUUUCUGAAAACACUUGGAUCAGUCAUGUUUUAUACGAUGAAGAGCCAACAAUAAUUCAUCAUUUUGCAGAUCACACUAAAAAAUUCAAAUAUCCAAAUCUAGCUUCAGGUUUUGCAAUGACUAGUACUCUUCUUCACAAUUUAGAUAAAAGACUUUCAAAGGAAGGAUUACCCAACGUCGAUUUUAGUAUUGAUGCUUCUUAUGAAUUUUCUAGUUAUAUUUAUAACAAUGGCAAAGGACCUCGCUUGACGCACUCCCCGGAACUCUGUAUUUUUUUUACGGAAAAUUGCGCUACGUAUCCAAAGGGAUUUCACGCUUGUACAAAUUCUAUAUCGCAAGAUGAUAUUUAUGUGGCUGUCAAAACGUAUGAUAAGAAUCAUCAGGAUAGAGUUCCUAUAAUAAUGAAGACUUGGUUAAAAAAUGUUAAGAAUUUUGGACUUUACAGUAAUGUAGAAGAUAAAAGUCUUCCGAAUGUACAUGUAGUACCUGAUACCAAAGAAGGGCACUGUAAAAAAACUUAUGCUAUUUUAAAGCAUGCAAAUUAUGUAUUGAAAAAAAAUAAUUUUAAUUGGCUGGUAGUUGCUGAUGACGAUACAAUUUUUAGUAUUGCACGGCUACUGCGAGUUCUCACUUGUUAUAAUCCAAAGAAAUUGAUUGCCUUAGGAGAACGUUAUGGAUACCGUACUAUAAGAGAUACUGGGUAUGAUUAUUUAACAGGUGGUGCAGGUUUAGUUUUGUCAUUAUCUCUUGAACCUGUAUCAUUUCACAAGUUUUGGAUGAUUGAUCCUCUUGAAGUGUAUGAUCAAUGGUUUAGUGAUGCAGAUAGCACAUUAGAAUCAAAGUGGAAACACACGGAGUUAUGA